GCUUCUGCAUUUCGGAUGUUUUGAAUCCCCAUGGAUCCUCAACCGUAACCAUGGCGACGCGGGUCGAAGUCGGCUCCAUAGCGUCCCUGACAGGAGUGCCAGGCCUCGGGGAGAUCGCCAAGGAGGAGACCCUGAAGCGGACCUACUUCUGCCAGGCCGGUGACGCCUCCGGGGCGCCCUCAGCGCGGCUCCUGGAAGGAAAGAGCCCCCUCGGGAGCCCCGCACGCCUGCUGCCUCUGCCCAGACUCGCCCCCAAGCCCUUCUUCAAGGGGAAGGCCCCGGACGUGAAGCCCCCCGGGGAGUCCUUGCGGCCCAGCCCCUCCAGGCCUUCGCCUUCCUGUGGGUCGCCCCAGGACGGGGCGGCAAAGGACCUGGGCGACAGGAUGCCCAGCUUGGUGGGGCAGGAGGCGGGCGGCGGGGAGGGGCUGAGGAGAAGCUCGUCCCUGUUCCACAAGCCCGCGGCCCUGCGGCCCAGCCCCAGCUCCCUGAUUCUCUUUGAAACCACCAAGGCCGGCCCUGCCCUGGGGAAGGGGCUCAGUGAGGGGGCUCCGGAGGCCAAGGCAGGGGUGUCCCUGGAGGCCAAGGCAGGCGUGUCUCAGGAGUCCCCUCCGGGCUCGCGGCCUGAAGUGGCCGCCAAGCCCGCUCUGCCCGCUCGGAAGCCUGGGGGCACCCUUCCCUGGCCGGACUCCCUGUCUCAGGACACAAGGCCAGCUGCCACCCAAGAGGAGACAGGCCUAAAGGAACGUCUGUCAAAGGCCAGCGGCGUGGAGGACGCGGGUGGCCCCGCCGUGGAGCCCAGGCCUCGCCCGAGGAGAAGGCCCGUGUCGGCUAUUUUCACGGAAUCCAUUCAGCCCCAGAAGCCAGGCCCAGGCGGGGUGGCUGCGAUGGGGAAGGCGCCCCCCACCCCUCCGGAGAAGACGUGGGUGAGGAGGCCCCGGCCUCUGUCCAUGGACCUCACGGCCCCAUUUGAGAGCAGGGAGGCCUUGCUGAGGAAGGCGGCCGACCAGGCCGCGGCAGGUCCCACGGCCCAGCGUCGGGGGCCCGAGAGGCCCAACCCGGAGCCCAGAGUGGAUGGGGAGCGUUUGGUCAAAGCAGAGGCUCCGCUUUCUGAGGCAGAUUCCGACUUCCUCGAGGUGACCAAGAGGAUCCGAGAACGGAAAGAGAAGGCGAUGUCCAAGGCGGAUCUGGGCAGCCUCAGAACUGCGGGGGGCUCGGCCAGGGCCACCUCCACAGACGACCAGAAGCCCGGGCAGGAGAAAGCCCAGCUGGACGGGGAGCCACAGAAGGCUCCCGAGUCCCCUUCGCCCAGGCCAGACAAAGGCCAAGAAAUCGCCGAGGUCAAGAGCAGAGUGUCCGAUGGGGAAAUCCGGACCAGAGGAGAGUGGGCCUCGAGGGGCAGCGUCAAGAAGCGCCUCAGCCUGUUUGGGGAGGACGGCACCUGCUCCUUGGCCUUGGCAGUGGGGUCUGAAGCCCCACUGGCCACCCCCGAGUCCCCAUUGACUGCUCCAGAGCCGGAGAAAGCAGGGGUGAGCGUCCAGGAGCGGAUCAAAGGCUGGGCCUCCGAGAGCUCCAAGGCCAAGCCGGAGGUCAGGAGGAAGGCUUUCCAGGCGCGGCCACUGUCGGCGGAUAUGACCAAACUGUUUUCAAGUUCAGCAUCAAGCAAUGAAGUCAAGUAUGAGAGGUGCUCGGAGCCGAGUGGCGAGCUUGCUAAGAAGCCGAGAGAAAAGCAAAAGGAAGGGUCUGGUUUGGAUGGACCGUCUGCUCCGAGAAGCUCCUGGAAGCCUGGGAUGCCCCGGGAGAAGUCCAGGCAGGCAUCGCAGAAGGACAGUUCUAACCAAGUCCCCAACAGCUGUCACGGUGCAGGCUCGGCUGGGGCCCUGAGCUCUUCAGACAGCACUCCAGAAGAUGACGGAAGCUUCCAGACUGUGAGGGCCACAGUGUUUGAGCAUCAUGUGGAGAGACACACUGUGGCUGACCAGUCGGGACGCUGUCCCUCAGCUGCACCCCCUGGGGCUGUGACCCACGUCUUGGAGCCCAGAUCCAGGCCCGAGAGAGGCUCAUGGCUGGGGAAGGACCCUCCAGAAAAGCCGAUCCUCAGGAAAGAGAACUCCAGGUGGUUUGAAAACCCUGACACAGACAAAUUGGGACGGACUCCCCUCUUGAAUGGUGACCCCAAACAGUAUCAUGUGCCUCUCCUGGAAAAGCACCCUCUGGGUGAAAAACACAGUAAUAACCCUUUACUUAAGGGCUUGGAAAACCCUCCCAGGUCACAGAGGGUUGAGCCCAAGUAUGAUGUCCUGCACGCGGUGAGGGAGCAGGCGCACAGUGAGGCUGUCCCCUCGGCGCCCGAGGAAAAAGCUGUGACGCUCCGGAGUGGCAGGUCCCGGCUCUCGCUAAAGGGGAGGCAGCUGUCCUCUGAGGUCACCUCUGCUGACCCAGAGUGCCGGCUGGACAGUCAGACGGGGUCCGUCCAAAGGGCCAGUCUGAUUUGGGAAGCUCGAGGGACACAGGAGGCCAGCGGGCCCAACCCUGACUCCCGAGAGCCAAAGGACACGUUCGGGGGCAAUUGCCUGUCGCCCAAGUGGAAAGGUGGGGUGGCCGGGAACUGGCAUAAAGCCACUCUGGUGGUCAGUGAUGAGAAAGGCUCGGAAGGGAGUGUGCCGAAGGGGUCCAUCGUGGCGGCUGUCGGCGAGGGCAACCGGAGGCCGGCCCAGGAGCCUGAAGUCAGGAUGCGGAGGGGGAGCCCCACGGACCAGAGAUUCGAGAGGUGGAGACGGCGGACGUUACCCCACGACGUGAAGUUUGAUGAGUUCAGCUUCCUGCCCCCAGAACGCCCUUCGGAGGUGGAGCAGAGACGCCCAGAUUAUCUGAGCCCCACCGCCGGUGCCUUAAGGAAACCUCAACCAUCCCACAGUAGGGUGGAGGCCCAGGAUGGGGACCCAGGUAUUUCACGGGACCCAGCUCUCCCAGUGAAGCAGGGGUCCUCUGGGGAACCCAAGGCGACAUUUUUUGCAGUGACCUAUCAGAUACCCGAUACUCAAAAGACAAAGAGCAUUGUUAAGUCAGCGCCUGAAAAGUUGACGGAACAUUCUAGAAAAACGGCUCCACCUCCAUCACCUCAAUCUUUAACUUCUACCUUGGUUUCUCUCAACCCUGAAGAGCCCCCGGAGACCAGGGGCAGUAAAAACUGGGCUCAGGGCAGAGAACGUGACAAUACGAGCUUUUCAAAAACUCCAAAGCCAACAAGCGUUUCAUCGCCACUUGGGGACAGGAUUCUGGAUCUUUCUACUGAAAGAAUCAUCAAUGCCGACACUGUGUGUGUUCAUCGGCGACCAGAAGACCAGAGGGACAGUGGGAACAAGGCGUCCCCCAGUAGCGCUCCCCAAACGACCCCGGCUUUCAAAAGUCGCCCGAAAGCCGGCGAUCUCCUUGUCAGAAGGACCGAGGCGGUCACCGAGACGUCCCCGGGCAAAAUCAAAGGCGGCUACAGAUCCAGCGUCCUUGACAUCGACGCCCUGAUGGCCGAGUACAGGAGGCAGGAGGCUCAGGAGCAGGUGGAGGGGCCGCCCGCGGAGCCCAGCGGCGGGCCCCAGGAGCGGCCUGGCCAGCGAGGCGGGGUGGACCGGAGGCGGAGGAGCCUGAAGGAAUGGCCCGAAGCUGAGGGUCCCUGGAAACAGGCCACUUUGGCUGAAACAAACCACCCUUCUAGUCCUGGCCCUGGCAAGCAGCUGGCCGAGAGCCCGGGGGCCCCCGCAAACACCAAGCUCAGCUCUCCUCUGUGGGCUCUGCCGCACACGGCUCCUGAAAAACAGCCGGGGGCCUCUCCUGGCCCCGCGGGCCCUGGGAAGAUCUUGGGAAUCCCCGAGGAUGAAAGAAAGGCCUUUGCUAACAAACAUCAUGGUGCAAAGCGUCAGGAUCACCCAGCCACCUGGGAGGACCCUGGCGGGGGAGCCGGUGUGUUGCCUAAAUCGUCCCCAGCUGACCAGAAGAAAGGGACCCCGAGGAGAUCCUCUGGGAGGGGAGAGGAGAGCCACGUGGCCCAGUGGGGUGACCACCCACAAUACUAUGGAAGGUCACCCCUGGACGUCAAAAGGGCCUAUUCGGAGAAGGGCGCCCCUGCCAAGAUCCGAGAGGGCCUGUGCAUCAUGCAGGAAGCCAGAGAGAGGAGGCGAGAGCAGCCCAAAGGGAGGCCCAGCCUGCCUGGGGAGAGUUCCGAGGCCAAGGAGACCAAAAUGGGGCCCUGUCGGCGGGACUCGGGGACUCGAGACAGUCAGAAGGUGCCAUCACGAGACCUGGGGAGGGAGGAUGCCCUCGAGGACAGUGAGCCGCCACUCCGGCAGGUGUCCCCUGUGGCCUUGGGCCCCCGGAGAAGCCACAGCUUCUGCAAGGACAAGAGGAGCGGGGCCUUCGUGGAUCAGCUGAAACAGUGUUUUUCCAGGCGGCCGCCCGAGGCCAAGGACACCGACACCCUCGUACAGGAAGCCGACAGCCAGUAUGGGACCUGGACGGACCAGCACCAGAGCGGGGAGAGCUUGGCCCCCGAGUCCCCCUCCCCAGACAGCAGUGCGGCGUCGGCCCGGAAACAGCCCUCCAGCAGCCGCCUGUCCUCGCUGUCAUCCCCGACGGAGGCCACCUCGGCCGGGGACCAGCAUGACUGCUCCAGGGACCAGCGGAGCACCAGCGUGGACCGCUCCAGCACCGACCUAGAGUCCACCGAUGGGACGGAGGGGCUGCCCCCACCGGACACUGGCUCUACGAAGAAAGUGGACGACUUCUCCUUCAUCGAUCAAACCUCAGUCCUCGACUCAAGUGCCCUCAAGACCCGGGUGCAGCUUAGCAAGAGAAGCCGCCGCCGGGCUCCCAUCUCCCACUCCCUCCGACGCAGUCGACUCAGCGAGUCAGAGAGCAGGUCUCCCCUGGAGGAGGAAGACGACAGCACAUGGAUGUUCAAGGACUCAACGGAUGAGAAAUCGCCCAGGAGAGAGGAGUCAGAUGAGGAGGAGAAGAGGACCGAGAGGACCCCCGUUGGCCAUCCCCAGAGGAUGCCUGUGUUUCCAGGCGUAGACCCGGCUGUGCUAAAGGCUCAGCUGCACAAGAGGCCAGAGGUGGACAGUCCCAGCGAGACCGCCGGCUGGACCCCCCAGCCCAAGACCCCCAAGUCCCCCUUCCAGCUGGGCAGUCGUGUGCUGCCCACGAGCAUUGAGAAGGACGAGAGAUCAGAAGAGCCCUCACCCCAGUGGCUAAAGGAGCUAAAAUCUAAGAAGAGGCAAAGCCUGUAUGAGAACCAAGCUUGACCAGACGGGACACUGCCACGUCCAAUGAUCAGAAGCCUUAACUGUCAGAACCCCCACGACGAGGCCACUCUGCUGCCGUCCCUCCUGCACAGCGGCACCUGCCUGGGCCCCUCCGGUCGGUGCAGAGCGCUCCCCGCGCCCCCGCCCGCAGGCGCUCCCUGGAUCGGAUCGGGCAGAGGGGCUCCCUCCUCGAGCACCUGCACGUCUCCCCCGACAGCAGCUCAGGCUGGGAAAGAAGCCAGGCUGCCCAGAAAUGUCCAUGCUGGCGGUUUGGUUGUGGUUUUUUUUUUUUUGUUGUUGUUGUUUAAUGUAAAAAUGCGCAUUUCUGCCCACUUCAGCCGCAGCUCCGGGAACACGGGGCCAGGCUGGAUCGCCUCCCCCGGUUCUAGAAAACGCCUGGGCUGUGGAAGUCCCUCCUCCGCCCACCCCAGGCAGGCCUCCUUCACGAGGACAUUUCCAGGGAGGAAGAAACCGUUUGUGUCCCGCUCUCUUCGCGUCCCAGGCAGCACCACGGGGCUGGGGAUCUGGAUUCUCUAUUCGGCCAGUUCUGUCUCCCUCUCGAAGGAUCAGCAGUUCCGAUUCUUAAGUGCCCCCGUCCUGGUAUUUAUCGUUUCGGCGGGGCUGUGUGCAUCGCUGACCUCUCUUCUUGGGAGUCAUUUUUGUUUGCUUUAGAAGGUGAUAAAGCAAUAAUUCAGCCAAUUUUUCCCUGAAAUUUGACACGUACCUAUGUUUCUCCACUGAGGACCCCGAGGGGAGGGGUGUGGCUGCAUUGCCCGAAGUAUCUGAUCAUCUCAGGUUAUCUCACCCCUACCCGAGCUUUUUAAAAACUCUGAUUGCCGCCCUUGUAUAUAUUUUCCUGGCCUCUUCUCAUUCUGAGCUCUGAUUUCUGUGGAGUGACCUUUGUUCCUUGGCCUCCAGGGUUCACAAGCUGCAGCCCCCAUGGCAGUGCCUUUCCCACCCAGACAUCAGACCCCC